CUUGUGCUCUCGGUUGGUGAACGGAUGAACCUGUGGGAUGUCUUACCUGUGCUCAUACUCCUUUUCAAUUUUCCACGCGGCUAGAAAUCGACCUGGGAGUAUUCUGACACCAGUGAGCAGGUGGGGCGAUAGCCCCUGCGCUAGCACCUCCAUUUACAGAAGUUCUUCCCGGGCCUCCUGAAAUUGUUGACGGCUUCUUUUUGCUCCACAUCUCUUCUAGCCUCCCUGUUUUUAAUCCCUUUGCAGCCGCCCACCCUUCCCCCCACGCCAUUAUGUAUGCUCGGGCUCCCCGUGCGCUUAAAUUGGCUGAAGGUGGCAGCACUGAGGAUCAUGUGGGUCCUGGAUCCUACCAGGUACCGUUCCUGAAGCAGCAGGCAACAGGUGGCUAUGCACCAUUCCUUUCUUUGGCUGCCAGAGAAAGUACUUUUACUGUUGCCUCUAACACUGAGAAAGCUGUUCCAGGUCCAGGACACUAUAAUGUUUCAGAGGUGCAGAAAAUGUCAAGGGCACUUACAGUUUCCAGAAGUGUUGAUGUUCCUUCAAUUCCUUCUUGUGGACGGUCAUAUGGUUAUCAUAUUAAUGAGGAUGGCAGCAUCACAAAACAUUUUCCACCUGCUUUUGACAGUACACUAGGUCCAGCAUACUAUAAACCUCAAUUUGAUUUUUCCAAUGUAACUUUGAAAUACAAGGGGAUACAUUUUGGCAACUCUUUGGGAAGACUAGAGUUACCUAUAAAGUCAGGGCCUGGUCCUGGACAGUAUGAUAUAACCCAGAAAAAGGCACUACAUUAUGAAAAUAUUAACAUCAAGAAAGAUCAACAGCAAAAUCAUUGCUCAAAUCUCCCACGACUUUAUGAAGUAAUAAUAUUGCAGGAGGAAAAAAAGAGGUUUGUCCCUAUGAAAUCAAUCACCCCAGCUCCUGGUGCAUAUAAUGAAUCUCGAACUGCUUUCAAGCCCUUGAAGAAAACACCAGGACUGAAAAAUACCUCAUUUGGUCAAAGUGCUGCUCGAUUCACACAAGACUCUAGGACAGAGAAAAUGCCAGGUCCUGGGUUUUAUAAUAUCCAAAACAAUACUUUAAUUGACAACUUUAGCAAUACCUGCUUGAAGAAACAAAAGAAAAGUGCAUUUGGUUCUUCUGUUCCUCGGACUCUCUUCCUGGUUCAGAAAGAAGUUUUUCCUACUCCUGGGCCUGCUGGCUAUAAGGUCCGUGGAAUUUCUGAUGAACUACCUAACUUGGCUAACCGAUAUGCUGCUUUCUCGUCAAGAACAGAAAGAACUACUAAAGUAUCAGAUAUGGAUGUUCCAGCACCAGGCACCUAUGAUGUUCAAAAAUCAUAUGAGAUGUCUCAAGUUCAGCAUAAGUACAUGCCACCUCGUAGUUUGGUGGCUAGAAUAAAACAUGCCUCGUUUCUUAGCACAACUCCUCGGUGCCUGGACAAAAUGAAUGAUGGGCCAGGGCCUGCAACAUACAAUCCUGUUUUAAAGAAAUCUUGCUCCAUACCCUUAUUUGUUAAAGCAUCAAAUCGUUUUAAAGAUUCCGAAGAGAUUACUCCUGGUCCAGCGACAUAUGAGCUCAGUCCGUUUUUAAGACAUUCUGUUCUGAAAAGAACAUUUAAUGUCACUCUAUCAAAUCUUUUCCCAAUUAAAAGAGAAAAUGCUUCAAUUAUAGAACAAAAGAACAAACAAAAACACCAGGAAGCAAAGUAGAAUCUUCUAAAUGAUAUAUUCCAAAGUUAUUAUCUAUUAAUAUAAAGGUAAGCUGACAGUUCUCUCACAAAGAAGUAAUUCCAUUUUGAUGAUGUCCUCCAUCAGCUGCUCAAAGAAACAUAAUUGCUCUUCUAACCUCAAGA